GAUAUCAAUGGAUUAGUUUCUCCCACCUCUUUCAUCUUUUCUAAGCAAUCACUCAAAGCAACAAUUAUACAUAACCUAAAUCUCUUCUUCUUCAUACAUCUAUAGCAAAUCCUCUUUUGCUUUUAAACUCACCAAAAAAAACACAUCUUUUCUCUUCCCCUUCUCUAUUCUGUUUGUACUUUUGGUCUCACUUUAAAAGAUCAUAUAUAUAAAUAGAAGUUGAAAUAUUAUUUCUGAGAAACAAUAUGUUGGAAGGUCUUGUCUCUCAAGAAAGCUUGUCCUUGAACUCCAUGGACAUGUCUGUACUUGAAAGGCUUAAAUGGGUGCAACAGCAACAACAACAACUACAACAAGUUGUGUCACAGAGCAGUAAUAAUUCACCUGAACUUCUUCAUCAGAUACUUCAGUUCCAUGGAAGCAACAAUGAUGAGUUGUUACAGGGUAGUUUCAGCCAAUUUCAAAUGAUUGGAUCUGGUUUUGGACCAAACUAUAACAUGGGUUAUGGUCCUCAACAUGAAGCUAUGGAUGGCUGCAUUUCAAGAACAAGUAGCUGCCAGAUGGAACCAGUGGAUACAAUGGAAGUAUUGUUGAAGAAUGGCACUAAAGAAGACAGACCCAUUUCCUUGAAGAACAAGAGAAAACAAGAGGUUAAGACAAGGGAAGAGGAAAACACAGAGAAGAAGAUUAAAGUAGAGGCUGAUACAGAGUCAAGCAUGAAAGGAAAAUCAAACAUGAGAAACAGAGAAGCAUCUUCAGAGACUUCAAAGGAGACAUUGAAGGGAGUUUCAGAAAUUCCGAAAUUAGAUUAUAUACACGUGAGAGCUCGACGAGGGCAAGCCACUGACAGACACAGCUUGGCAGAAAGGGCAAGAAGAGAAAAAAUCAGUAAGAAGAUGAAAUAUCUGCAAGAUAUUGUGCCUGGAUGCAACAAGGUCACUGGAAAAGCUGGUAUGCUUGAUGAGAUCAUCAAUUAUGUUCAAUGUCUUCAAAGACAAGUCGAGUUCUUGUCGAUGAAACUCGCUGUCUUGAACCCAGAUCUCGAGCUUGCCGUGGAAGACGUAUCUGUUAAGCAGUUUCAGGCUUACUUUACAAAUGUUGUUGGUUCAUCAAAGCACUCCAUAAUGGUUGAUGUGCCAUUGUUUCCGUUAGACCAUCAAGGCUCUCUAGAUUUAUCUGCAAUAAACCCGAACCAAACGACAUCUAUUGAAGCUCCAUCUGCAAGCUGGGAAUCUCAGUCACAGAGUCUCUACAACACAUCUAGCCUUGGGUUUCAGUAUUAGGAAAUAUUCUUGGGGGAAAAAAGAAAAGUCCAGCUUUCACAUUAUCUUGUUUUCUGAUAUUUAAACCAGAAGAACUGGAGAUAGCAAUCCAAUGGUCUUGUUACCAUCAAUCUUUGUGUAUAACUAUAUAAUAUAUAGAGAGAUAGAUAAAUAUGUUUUUAUAGGACUUAUAGAUAUGUCAUAUGUGUAGAAGAAAGAGAAAAAACACUCUUCUGGUGAGUACAUUUCUUGUUUUUGUUUUUGGAUAUAUAAAAAUAUCUAAGAAAAUUAUAAAUCAUUUUAUUGUUUCUAUUUUUUUUUCUGCAACUUGUAAAGGUUCCGAUCUUUCUAAGAUUCCAUUGUCAACGACAUGUAUCCAUCAUUAUGUUCGCACUU